AUGAUGAAACAUUAGUCCAGCACAUAUAAACACUACACAAUAACCACUACUGUAGCAUUUUUGUUUAGUUUGUUAGGGGUGUGUGUGUAAUGCUGGAGUGCUUCCUCCUGGAUAUGUUUGCCAUCAUGUCUCUCUCUCUCACUUUCUCACACAGAGUUGCUGGACAGAUGCAUUUAAAGUGAAUGCAGGCAUUUACUAAAAGGAAAAGAACACUUUCACCUCCUCUCUCUCUCUCUCUCUCUCAACAUCCAUCUCCACCCUCCUUUUCCCAGUGGACGAAUGUGAACGUAAAAAUAUUUUAGCAAAUCCUACAUCUGGUUGGCUGUUUACUCCCUCAAAUACUUACACACGCAGAGAAUCGUCUCCACUUCCAAAAUGGAAAAGUCUGCUGGGGGCUAAGCAAGCUUUCUUUGGCUCAGUUUUCAGCGUGAAACGUGUGCCAGGGGUUUAGCGACACCUCGGAGACUGAAGACUUCGCUAACUUUGCACCGGAAACUGAAAGAUUCUCUUUCUCACACUGACAAGAUGUAGAGGAGAGGAUGCUGCAACAUCAGUCCCAGUGGACUGUCGACGAACUUCAGAACUCCCGUUUCGGAAUCAUCCUGCAUAAUCAACAGUGACGCCAUGGAAACAGAAUCCACUCAUAACCUGACUGAACCCGAUGUGUCUUUGUUGGACCAUAAUAUGACAAACUCAUGUGACUAUAUACCGACCUCAACCUCGCAGUACCAGAAGAAAGUGAUCCCUGCUUUGUACAGCCUCAUUUUCCUACUAGGUUUUCUUGGUAACAUACUGGUGGUGUGCGUGUUGUAUCACAGUUCAGGCAGGAGGACCGUAGCCAACACGUAUCUGAUGAAUCUAGCCAUGUCGGACUUGCUGUUCUUGAGCUCUUUGCCAUUCUGGGCUGUUUCCUAUUCGCUGGAAUACAACUGGGUUUUUGGGAAGGUCAUGUGUAAACUGUGUGGGGGUCUGGUGACGAUAAACGUCUACGCUAGUAUAUUUUUCAUCACCUGUAUGAGUGUGGAUCGAUAUCACGCCAUCGUCUACCCACUGCACUCUCAGAGCAGUAGGAGCAUAAAUCAGGCCAGAUGCGUCAGCGGCAUCAUUUGGGUCGUGGCGGCUUUGAUGACGUUGCCAACAGUUGUGUUCCGUGACAUACACACUUUCCCCGAUACCAACAUUACGGCUUGUGUCUUUUAUUUCCCCACCAACUACUGGCGAGCCGGGUUAACACUUGCAAAAAACACCCUUGGAUUCUUCCUGCCUUUUUUAGUCAUUGCAACAUGCUACAGCCGAAUCGCCGUCCACCUUCUGGCCUCCCCAGGCUACCUGGAGCAGGACUCUACCCGACUGGUCCACGUGUUGCGUAUGGUGGUCGCUGUGGUAUUGGCGUUUUUCUUUUGCUGGUUCCCGUUCCAUGUGCUGGCGUUCCUCGAAGCUCUGGAAGAGCUGGGUGUGAAAUGGGAUUGUUGGGUGCUUCAAGCGAUUAAUAAAUUCCUGCCGUUCUUUCUCUCACUCGGCUUUUCCAACUCUGCCAUAAACCCUUUCUUGUACUGUUUUGUGGGAAAUCACUUUCGAGAGAAGCUGUGGCAGUUUUACGGGGAUAUGCUGACGCAGAAAAGAGAUUCUAUCAGUACAAGACUGUCUUCCUUCUCCAGGAAACUGAGUGACCUCAAAGAAACUGUGCCUAUGGAGAUUCUUGAGCAGCAGAGUAGUGGAAUCUAGUAAAGCUGUAACCUUUGCAUAUUAUUAUUAUUAUUAUUGUAACUACAGAGGACCGUGUCAGUAUCAGUCAAGUGCUUUUCCAUUGACUGCCACUUGUUCAUGAUGAUCAGUUCAGAUAUUGUUGUUGUUUCACUGUGCCUUAUUUCUAGUACAAAGUGGUUGUGAUUAGCGUCAGCGUCUAUAAACAACAUUUUGUUACAUAACAGUGUGUAGAAAUAUAGCCAACAUAUUAUGCUUUGACUUUAUCCAGGAUGAGGAAUUAGCUGAUUUUUCUGCACAAAUCAUAGAUAAUCAAAAAAAUAAAAUAAAUAAAAAUUUAAAAAAUGUUGAGUACAGCUGUACAGACAAUAUUUGGAUUAUUGGAAAUAUCAGUUGUAUAUAACACUCAAAUGUUAGACAGUGUUAAUCAUGUCUUUCAUAUGGCUGAUGUCUGCCAGACAGACUGAAAUUCUAUCUUUAAACUGUAAUAUAAAAAGUCACAGAAAUGUAACAUGAGCUGUUAAAAAGCUGUUAUAAAUCAUUGUAAAUUGAAUUAUAAUUAUAAUUAUAAUUAUAAUGGAGCAUCAUCAAUAAAUGGUGUUUGCAAGUAUACAACACUACUGUUUUGUUCUGUGAUUUACUAUCUGUCUGUCUGUAAUCAAUAUGAUGAGAAUAAGACUGUCAUCUUAAAGGGAACAUCAGAUGCAAAAUUCACUUUUCCAUGGUGUUUGUAUAUAAAUGUGUUUUAGCAGUGUGUGGACUUUCUGUGUGGACUUUUUCAGGGUGUUCUUUCUUUUUAAAUCCCCAAAAAACCUAAACUGCCGUUUUGAUUUUCUGAGCAGUAUGAUGUCAUACUGCUCUGGCCCCACCCACGACCACCUACGGACUGUCCUGUAUUUGCAUAUUUCCACCCUCGUGCCAGUUAUACAUUGUUCGCCAUUUUCUCUGUGCUCGAGCAGGUGUAGCGACAGCAAUGUCUCAUAAGCAAUGCAGGUGUUUUGUAGUUAGAUGUAAAAGUGAACUUAAGGUGUUUUACAUGACCAUUAAGGAAUUUUAACCAAAGUAUGUUACAGACAUUUCAUGAAGACCCCAAAGAAUCAUACCAACUUGUGGAAAAUGGGCAUUAUCAUUAUCAUGACAGCCGUUGUUUGAAUUGGCAUCUUGUUUUGUAUAGGGCUGCAUUACAUAUCUUAGGAGUAGAUUCUUGAGCUAAUGUACACUAGAGCCAGAGGUGGUGUUAGGUUAGACUGUAACAUUGUCUGUCAUUCCAUCAUUAUCUAUUACCUGUCAUUUUAAUGUUCAUAUUUUAAUUAUAACACAUUUCAUUGCUUUUUUUUUUUUUUUUUUUUUUUGUUCACAUUUUAAUUUUUAAUUAUGAACCUACAGGAUGAUAUAGGCUUAUGCAUUUAUCUUGAAGAGAACAGAUGAACAGACGAGACUGUGUAACUUUUCAUGUUCAACACCACACCCUGCAGUGACAGCGAUUUUGAUAUAUUCUCAUUUUUAUGAGCCAAUAUCGGUUCUUAAAUCCCAAUCAGGGUCUUUUGGUCUAUGCUGUUUUCCAUUGAUGUAUGAACAGUACAUAGUGCACCUCCAAUGCAAUAAAUCGCAAUAUGCUAA